AUGCUCGCAAUGUGUUGGCUUGGAGUCAUGCCACUUCUCAGAACAAAACCGCGAAGGGAAAUGUUUUGGGUUAAACAGAUGAAUUUCAAAUCAAAUUUCAAAUUAACUAUCGAAAGCAUUUACAAAUUGUCAAUACAAUACAACAAGAUGAGACAUUAG